AUGUUCGGCCUCAUAAUUUCCGGCCGUCCGCCAGACGCCUCUCCCCAGGCCAUCACCGAGACGCAAUAUGCCUUCCGCAUCCCUCCGGAGCCUCCAUUCCAUCACAUUGUCGUCUUCUUGCUUCCCGGUACCCAGCUGCCCCCGGGCACGGCCGCAACCGUCUACGUGCAAAUCCCGCCAUCUACAGAGUUCAAGCUGCUCGGCGGCAUCGGUCCGGGUAAGGAGAGUGCCAUCUUCAAAGUCAGUGGCGUCAAAGCUGGGCCUGGAGCUGGAAACGCUGGUGAUGAAGAUGCGAUGGUCGACGACCCUUCUUCUGCUCCCGCGGGAUCUUCGCAGGCUGUCGGUGGGGAUAUAGCGGUUGGUAUCUCCAUUGAGCCCGCUGCGCAGGUCGAGCAACAGCUGGCCACUCUUAAAUCCUCUCAAGCAUCCACUACUGAUCCCUCAACGGCCAUGGUUCGGACCAAUGCUGGACCACCGGGCCAAGUAACUACGAAAGUGCUUGCACAAAGGAUCAUUGGGAAUGCGUUUAAUUUCCUGGCAAGCUUUGGGAGCGAGACGGUGCCUCUUAAAGCUUUCCAGGACUGGUGGACGAAGUUUGAGAAGAAAGUCGAGCUGGAUCCGAGCUUUCUUGAGAGGGAGCAAGGAUGA